UUUUGUCCGACGUACCCACAAGUUUUAGUGGUUCCCUCGAAAAUUAGCGAUAACGUUUUAAAUCACGCUUCUAAAUUCAGAAGUAAAAAUCGAGUGCCCGCUUUAAGUUACUUGCACCGGUAUAAUAAGGCAUCGAUCACACGUUCCAGUCAACCGAUGGUCGGUCUCAAACAGAAUAGGUCAAUACAGGAUGAAAAACUAAUCGAAGCCGUCUUUCAAUCGAACGUCCAAACCUCAUCGAAUGGGCAGCCAGUCUAUGGAGCGACGGCCACGAAUCUUAUUGUUGAUGCCCGCCCCACUGUUAAUGCGAUGGCAAAUGUUGCAAUGGGUGCGGGCACGGAGAAUAUGGAGAAUUAUAAGAACUGCGAGAAAAAACAUAUGGGAAUUGAUAAUAUUCAUGUGAUGAGAGAGAGUUUAGGAAAGCUAGUGGAAGUGAUACACUCAGCCGAUGCUCAGUGUGUGCCCAUCAAAAGGCAUCAUUUAGAAAAAUCCUAUUGGCUCAGGCACAUCAGUACUUUAUUGGAUUCUGCACUCACCAUCAUAAAAAAUGUUCACAUUGCAAACUCCCACGUGCUCGUACAUUGUUCGGACGGUUGGGAUCGUACGGCACAAUUGACCUCAAUCUCCGAGUUAUGUUUGGAUCCCUAUUAUCGUACCCUGAGAGGAUUUCAAGUCCUGGUGGAAAAAGAUUGGAUAUCCUUUGGUCACAAAUUCAGCGACCGGUCUGGUCACCUGUCGAAUGAAAAAUACUUUGUGAACGCGGCUAACACCAACGCAGCAAAUUCUGCUUUCAAUUCGAUGCAAAGCAAGUUUUAUAAACAAUCUCAUGUUCGUGAAACUUCACCAGUUUUUCACCAAUUUUUGGAUUGUGUGUACCAGAUCCAUUCGCAAUUCCCUACAAGAUUUGAAUUUAAUGAAACCUUUCUAAUUGAAUUACACUACCAUUGUUACUCUUGCCAAUUUGGAACAUUCCUAUUUAAUUCAGAGAAGGAACGGGUGGAGCACAAAGCCAAAUCUCAUACACAUUCUGUAUGGGAUUAUUUUAAUUCUGAUAGGGAAAAGUAUUUGAACCAUUUAUAUGAUAAUGGUGAAAAAGAUAGGGAAGAGUUUGGGGAUAUGGGUGUGUUAUUUCCUGAUGUCAAGAAUGUGAAGUACUGGGCCGGGGUGUUUAGAAAGAAGGAUGAAGAAUUGAACGGUCCCAGCGAAGAGAUCGUUGAUGCAUCACGGAUCAGGCGGAAAUUGGAUAGCCCGAUCUCUCGGUCUGCGUCUCCAACCGUUAAUUCGGACCCACUCGGAGUCGAGGAUGGUGGUAAUGUGUGGAAAGAAAAUUCGCGGACGCUAUCGCCGCCUAUGAAAGGAUUGGAAUAUGAUAUAGGUGAUCCAUGGAAGCAAAAUGGUUACACUGAAGAGAAAGAGUCUGGUAAUAAUAGUCCGAGUGCGGGCGGAAGCGGUGAGGCAAAUGUUCUUCAGAGUUUCGCAAGAUACACAUUUAACAUUGGUGCAGUAGCAGUUGCGAAUAUUGCUGGGCGAGCGAAUUCCGAUGCUGAAGAUACUUCCAGUAAUAAUAAUGGUACUAAUGGUAAUGGAAGCGGUAGUGUGACUCCUGCAGAAAUCGCCGAUGAUAGCGGAAGUAAUAAUAGUAGUACACCCGGUACACCAAAAAUGCGAGAAAUGGUUUCGUUUCCAACGAGCGAUUUACCCGAUGGCAGUGCGCCAUCAUCGUCGAAUUCUACAAGAUCAUGGUCUUAUAAUAUAUCUUCGACGUUUCCCUCAUCAUUCUUAUCACGAAGUAGUAAGAAUUCCUUUUCGACAGCAGGCGUAAAAACCGGCUCGAGUUCGCCGCCACCAUCGAUGCUUCGAUCGAACAGCGCAUCAACUUAUGAAAAAACAGAUUCCACAUCCACUGUGUCAUCAAAAACGCCGUCGAGGUCAAACAGUUUGAGCCUGAAGUUAAAAUCAAACCCGAAUAGCAAAUCAAAUUCACCGUUAUCCACACCGCCAAUAUCUUCACCUGCGACUCCUGAUCGGUUGAAAGAGUUGCCACAUCCGUUGUAUAAUGAUCCACUCUGA